GCUAACAGCUGCCAAUACCUGAGUGCCACACACCAAGAUGGACUCAAAGAGUAAUGUACCUUUCUGAGCAGGGUUUAUAGUUUAAACAAAAGAAUGAGAGUGUCGCAGAGCAAGGGAAAAUGGCAGACUGUAAGCCUGAAAGUUUAAAAGCUUGGGAUUUUAUCCCAGUUUGACACUAAUUGUGUGACCCAAAAUAAAUCUCUUAACCCCCAGAGUCUGAUUUCUCAUCUGUGAGAUGAAGUGAGUUUCGCUCAUCUGGGUAGACGUCCCCCCGUCUCCUGUAAAGGCUGCAGAACACCUGUAGCUGUCACAGGCCCCACCCUAGGAACCUGAAGGAGAAGACUCCCCCAGCCCAGCCCUAACCAUGCUCCGGACUGUUCUGGACGCUCCGCAGCGGUUGCUGAGGGAAGGGAGGACAUCCCGGCAGCUGGUGCUGGUGGUGGUGUUCGUGGCUUUGCUCCUGGACAACAUGCUGCUUACUGUGGUGGUGCCUAUUGUGCCCACCUUCCUAUAUGCCACGGAGUUCAAAGAAGGCAACUCUUCUCUGCACCUUGGCCAUGCCAGAAGUUCCUCACCUGCCCUGGCCUCUCCUGCCUUUUCCACCAUCUUUUCCUUCUUUGACAACAACACUGUAGCUGUUGAAGAAAGUGCACCCAGCGGCACAGCAUGGACCAAUGGCACUUCUGGCACUGUUCCCCCUCCAGUCACUGAAGCCAUCUCAGCACAGACAAACAACUGCUUGCAAGGCACAGAGUUCUUGGAGCAAGAGAACAUUCGGGUUGGGGUUCUGUUUGCUUCAAAGGCCAUGAUGCAACUUCUGGUCAACCCAUUUGUGGGACCUCUCACCAACAGGAUUGGAUAUCACAUUCCCAUGUUUGCUGGCUUUGUUAUCAUGUUUCUCUCCACAGUUAUGUUUGCUUUCUCCGGCACCUAUAACCUGCUCUUCGUGGCUCGGACCCUUCAAGGCAUUGGAUCUUCAUUUUCUUCUGUUGCAGGUCUUGGGAUGCUAGCAAGUGUCUACACAGAUGACUACGAGAGAGGACGAGCCAUGGGAGUUGCUUUGGGGGGCUUGGCCUUGGGAGUACUGGUGGGAGCUCCCUUUGGAAGUGUGAUGUAUGAGUUCGUUGGGAAGUCUGCUCCCUUCCUCAUCCUGGCCUUCCUGGCACUGAUGGAUGGUGCACUCCAGCUUUGCAUCCUCCAGCCUUCCAAAGUCUCUCCCGAGAGUACCAAGGGAACUCCGCUCUUUACUCUUCUCAAAGACCCUUACAUCCUGGUGGCUGCCGGUCUAGCUUUCUUGCCUGCCAGCGUGUCAUACCUCAUUGGCACCAACCUCUUUGGUGUGUUGGCCAACAAGAUGGGUCGGUGGCUGUGCUCCCUGGUCGGGAUGAUGGUAGUAGGUACCAGUUUGCUCUGUGUUCCCCUGGCUCACAAUAUUUUUGGUCUCAUUGGCCCCAAUGCGGGGCUUGGCUUUGCCAUAGGCAUGGUGGAUUCCUCUAUGAUGCCCAUCAUGGGACACCUGGUGGAUCUGCGCCACACUUCAGUGUAUGGGAGUGUCUAUGCCAUUGCCGACGUGGCCUUUUGCAUGGGCUUUGCUAUAGGCCCAUCCACUGGGGGUGCCAUUGUGCGGGCCAUCGGUUUCCCCUGGCUCAUGGUCAUCAUUGGGAUCAUCAACAUCGUCUAUGCUCCUCUCUGCUACUACCUGCGGAACCCCCCAGCCAAGGAGGAGAAGCUUGCUAUUCUGAGCCAGGACUGCCCCAUGGAGACCCGGAUGUAUGCAACCCCGAAGCCCACGAAGGAGUUUCCCCUGGGGGAGGACAGUGAUGAGGAGCCUGACAGUGAGGAGUAGCAGCAGAAGGUGGUCCCUGAUUUCACGAUGCCCUCCAGAACCAGCUCAGCAAGGCUACUCAGCGGGCUUCACUUCCCUUUCCCCUGGGUGUCUGCUUCCCUCCCCUCCCAUGGGUGCCAUCCCUGAUUCUCUCCUCACCUGUGUAACCUGUAGCUCUCCCUCUAUGCUCUGUCACCCCAGGUGACCUAUCUGCUGUGGGAGGACGGAGUGAUGCUUCCUCCCAGGCUGCUGUGAGGUUGAUUAAACUCGAGCCAUGACGGGUUUUGCAAGGGGUGACUCAUUUCAUGGAGGCGGCAGUGAGCAGGGCGCCCCUGAAACCAGCGGGGUGACUGACAAGCCCUGUUUUUUUCUGUUGUCUGAUUUUCUUUGGCACAUUCCCAACAGACGAUAAGAGUUUUAUCCUGUUCCUCACUGUGUUCCUUCCUAGGUUUUCCCAACUGAGUUGAGAAAGGGUGCUAAACCUUGGGCUGCUGUCAAAUGCCACUUGAGGGACUCCUUUGCUUUAUUUU